GCGUAUUGUAAGACAGCUAUGAAUGCCGUUGACGAGGCCAAGACGCCAAAGACGAGGCACUGCACUACGCGGAGUCGGAGUGGCUGCUUGGCGUGUCGCGAGAAGCAUAUCCGGUGUGAUGAGAAACGCCCUUCGUGCCUGAACUGUGCUAAGAAGAAGCUACCAUGCUGUUACAUGCCAAAGAUCCCACUGCGGGAACGUAGGACUAAAGCUCGUCCUGGACAGCAAAUGGUCUGGUCUGUGACCCAGAGCCAGGCAGCCGCGGUUAUUACUUCUCCAGAUGAGACGUCCUUGAUGACGUUGCUCUCUGACGUUAUGAGACCCAGCGGAGUGUUUGAUCCCUUCGACGCUUUGCCCAUUAAGAUGCCACUCAGAUCAAAAGAGCUUCUGCACUACUUCUUUCAAGCUGGGUACGGUUUCGGCCCCUUUCCCAGGAACCCAGACGAUUGUCUUAUCCCCAUUACCCAGAACCCAGAUCUUCUACAGAAUACCUUGCUGGUUUCCGGAAUCCAUUAUGCUCGGAACAAAGGCGAUCUCGCUUUAUUUGAGCCCACGUUUCUUUUCCAUAAGAUCCAAUGCAUACGACAGGUCAACCUUUGGCUUGGAAGCGGGCCAGACAAAAACCUGCAGACAAAGUGUGCGCGAUACAUUAGCACGCUUGCCAUCACAGAGGCCUGUCUGGGAGACUUUGAAGCUGCUGAGUCUCACCUCAAUGGCCUUGUGGUCUACCUUGACUCCAAAGGACUGCAAACAGGCCAAGACGCGAGAGGUCAGGUGGAAGAUGAGUUGACCAGUCGUUAUUUAAUUCUGGCCAAAAAUGUUCUUCAUAGCACGGCAAGUCGCGUCAGGGACUUGAUUGCAAAUUACUGUGUAGCUAGAGGUAUUAAAGAGCCUUUGAAAGUUACAGAGUACGGCUUAAUGAAGCACAAACCACAUCUGCAUGAUACAAGCGGCACUAUAUCCUGCCUGAAAGCCACAAGAAUGUUGCCAUUCUUCUUCGGCUUCCUCCCCACUGAAAGUAUGCCCAAGGAUGUUGACAUGCACAUGACAGUCACAGUCCUGCGAGAUCUAACGCGACGUGCUGAUCCAAGACACACAAACAGGUCUGCAUAUACCAACUGGAAAGUUUGGCAUAGCGGUGACACGCCGAGGCUUCUCUUCGCGUUGGUGGAUUCCCACAUAGAAUCGUUUUCAAACAAGCUCCAGCUGCCGCCUCAAGGCCGACAAACGUUCAUAUCAUCAUGGUCCAGUUUCUGCGUGACCAUGGGCAUGUAUCUUACCAAUGUUGUCGAACUCUGGAACCAUGGCCUACCAAUUGAACGUCGAUUGCGCUACUACACUAUACGAGUCUUGGAAGACGAUAUUCGGAAUGGUUACGAGACAUUGGAACACAUGGACCAGGAGACAUGUUAUACAUGGUUCUGGAAAGCCUUCGUUGGAUCGUUGACCGUGGCCCAGGCUCAAUCGGCUGACUAUGACGAGCGGCUUGAUGGCAUGUUCGACAAGUUUUCCAAGUACAUCAGAGCGUUCACGCGGGUUGAAAAGAUUUCAUCGUGGGACGAAGCAAAAAAGAUCUUGGUAACUGUGGUGUGGCCAAUGGAGUGUACGCAGGACGAGAUAUGCACAAAGGUAUGGGCCAGCUUGCUUGCCAAGCACUGA